CACAGGAAAACCGAACCCUGUAAACAACAUAACCAUGAACGGCCUUCAACGCACAGUCUCGGACAUCUCGUUCGAGAUAACCAAAGACGACAGAGCUCUAACCGGCGGCGGCAACAAUAAUAACAACCAGCAAACAACAACGUUCACGGCAUUAUCGACGAUAUCGGAAGUGGAAGACGCCAAGUGCGAGUGCUGCGGCAUGUCGGAGGAGUGCACGCCCGAAUACAUCCGCCGAGUUCGUUCCAAAUUCUCCGGGAAACUGAUCUGCGGGCUUUGCUCAAAAGCCGCGGAGGAGGAGAUGGAGAAGAUGAGCAGAAACGAUGGAGCCGAUGACGCCGAGAAACGGUGGGAAGAAGCCGUCAGAAAGCACAUGAGCGCGUGCUCGAAAUUCAACAGGCUCGGGAGGAGUUAUCCAGCGUUGUAUCAGGCCGAGGCCGUGAAGGCGAUACUCAAGAAGAAGAGGUCAUCGUCUUCUAAGGCAGUGGGGAAAGGCGGUGGCCUCUCCAGGAGCUCGAGCUGCAUGCCUGCCAUUGCCAAGGAGCUCGAUGACCGGACCAUGGUUAACUAGUCUAUAUACAUAUAUAUAUGUGUGUGUGUGUCGCAGUUACAACCCAGUUACAUGUUCUUGCAUGAGACAAGGAUAGAUUAUGGUUAUAUAUAUAGGUUUAGGAUUUAUGAGUUUCAUGACGUAUAUUUACGUAUAUAGAUUGAUAGAUGGAUAGAUAGAUAUAGAGGUGUUAUUAUUUACAUAAGGUUACAUAUACAUAUGCAGAGAAACAUUGAUUCUGUCUAAUGUAUAAUUAUGAGUAGUUUUAUCAAUCAUUGUAUACGAUACUGAAGCAGGCGUAUAUUCUGUUAUGUAUUUGCGUACAUGCAUGUA